GUGACAAUAAGUAUUGGCAUGUGUCCGCUUUCUAAACCCAUUCAGUACAAACGAGGGGCAGAGUAGGUACUUAACAUUUCAUGGUUUGUCUCAGGUAUGGUCUACUCUAUUCCCGGAUAUGAGAGAGAGAGAGAGAGGGAGGGCUUUAUUGCGUGGCCGUUGUCUUUGCGUUGCCCUUGACUUGCGCAUUUGAACCAUGGUCGAUCCGUCCCAUCCACCGGACGAAUGUGCAGGCACUGCUGAUGCUGAGCAAGAGCAGCGUGUACCUCUAACAAGUCCAGUAGCAGAGAAAGCUCGGAAGGCUCCUGGAUUUCUUGCUGAGGAUCGUCAUGACGGCUCCGACUCGCCACAAGUUCGGGAUGGAGCGUCCACGGGCCGUGCGAGAAACAGCGGCGUUAGCAUUCGCAGGCUCUGGAGCUCAUGGUGGCUGGAGGUAGCAGGUAGCGUCUUGAUCCUGCUGGUCUUCGUCGCGCUGGUCAUUACGCUGAAAGAGUAUCAAAAUCAACCUCAGCCAAACUGGCCACAUGGCUUCUCCAUCAACACGCUCGUGUCGGUGUACACAGCCCUGUUCAAGUUGCCACUCAUGCUCAUUGCAUCGGAAUGUAAGUGUUUCCCGCUCUUAUGACUAGAGUCUCCUCACCCCUUGGCUUAGGUCUGGGUCAGUCGAGAUGGAGGUGGUUCCGCCGGCGGAAGCAACCUUUGAACGACAUUGCGAUCUACGAAUCUGCCCUCCGAGGAGACCCGUUUGGGGUCAUCCAGCUACUGUGGGCGACUCGCGGACGACAGCUUACGGCGACCAUCGGCGCGAUCAUAUCUUUGGCUUCCCUUGUGAUCGACCCCUUCAAUCAAGCCGUCAUCACCAUCUACCCUUGCCAGAUCCCCGAUGCAUCGUCACUGGGCGACGUCCCGCGCGCAAACACCUUGCAGAUUCCGGAAACCCUGCCGUUGACGAUGCAAUAUAACAUGCUGGCGACUGCCCUCGGGUUGGGGUCAUUCGAGGUCAGGCCCAGGUGCCAGUCCGGAAACUGCACCUUCGACCAGGAAUACCAUUCGGUCGGCCUCUGCAGCAGCUGUACAGAUAUCAGCGCCCAAUUGCAGCGCAAUUGUACCAUCCCAGGAGACAUACAGCCACAGGUGACAGCCACGCUUCCCAGUUGCCGCUGGUUUCUCGAGCACACGGAUCCCGGCGACGGCGAGAAUCCCAACUAUAUUGGCUUUGACACGUCCAUACCGCUCCAGGGUGGUGACCUUUGGAAACUGGUGAACUACGAGGUUGCCUCGUACUCGGUCAAUCAUACUAUUGCUUGGAUUGCGGACCCGCCCCAGGCCGUUUCCUGCUCUGUCAAGCCUUGCGUCAAGUCCUACAAGUCUGCUGUCGUCAAUGGGAGCUUUUCCGAAGAGCUGGUCGGAAAGUCACAAGUAUGGCCAGAUCCGCCUAUCACUCCAGCGUACCAAUGGGACGUUAUCUAUUCUCGAAUGCUGAAUCGCGACUGUCUGCCACCAGCCACAAAGCAGGCCCUCAUGCGCCAAAACAUCGAUACCACCCCCGAAUGGAUUGCCUACAACUUUACCGUUCUCAACAACACCCCUAGUGGGCUGCGCGUGCUGCAAGGCAUGGCCCCUGAUCCCUCCGUCCCCGAUGAAUGUCUGUACCAGUACGAAUCGUAUGAAUUGGGCGUGCAGAGUCCCAUUAAAAACGUCAUCAACUGGUUCGCCACCCAAUUCAAACAGCCUCUCACGGCGUGGGUGACCUACAACGGGACCAACCUCACCGGCGGCAUCGCGUCCGACAUUUUCAACUACGGCGACGCAGCACCACCCAUGUACUGGAUCAAUGGUCUGGACGCGAACCAAAGCAACGUCAUGGUGGCGCUGUACGGCAACGGCAGCAUCACGGGCGCCACCGUGGCGCAGAUGUUCGACAACGUCGCCGCCACCAUGACCAACUUCGCGCGCAGCAACCCCAAGGCACUCCUCGAUGGCAACGGACGCAACGUGGACCUCGCGCCGGCGCAGACGCCCGAGCUGCUGCAGAACUCGUGCAUCAGCAUCAACUGGCCCUGGCUGGCGCUGCCCGCGGCGCUCAUGCUGCUGAGCGUGCUGUUUUUGGGGUUGACCGUUGCGCAGUCCUCGCGGCCGGGCUCGGCGGGCGUCUGGAAGUCCUCGCCGCUGGCCUUGCUCUGGCAUGGGUUCGAGGCGCCGCAGCCCACGAGCCCCGCGUCGGACGACCUGAAGACGAUGGAGACCAUGUCGAAGAACAUGAGCGUGCAGCUGCGACAGACGGCACUGGGCUGGAAACUCGUGCAGCGGGCAUAGAGCAGGGAACCGGCAAGAGAAGCUCCUAGCUCUAUAGAACCACGGAGCCGGAUGGGUUAUUGAGUGUAUACUAUUACCAGGUAAUUAGCACAUCUUCCUUGGACACAAAUACGUCUUUCCCAUCCGAGACACGUCUUGCCUCUACCGAGUACAUUGCGGAUGUGACUUUAUGACUAGGAUGUUGUUCCUAUGCGCUGCUUCCCGCGCUGUCACAAUUCCA